CAUUGGACACAGUGAUAGUCGUGUUUACUGUUGCCGAGCUUGUUGCCCACAGUACAGUCAUUGUUCCGCGCCGGUAUGGCUCACAGUGCCUUAGUGUAUGCGACAAAAGUACCGGAUAGUGUCACUGGCAACCUUUUGCAUUUUUCUUGAAACAAAUGGAGCAAGAGUACAGAACAAAUAUGUUUCUUCAGAAAGUUCAACGUCCACAAUCAGCCCAAAUUUCCAAUGAAUAUGAUUCUCGUGCAGCUGCCUUUAUCCAGACAGGUAGCACCAGUGGUCACUUCCGACCAUGGACAGCACAUCCUAAAGUUCGGUCAGAGGUUUCUCCAAGAAAAAUACCAAGACAACAUCUUAGCAAGUCUCACAUGAAAGUGCCAGGCAGAAGCAAAGAAGCUGGUAUUGAUAGUGUUUCAACUCUGAAUCAUCAAAGCCAUGAAAACCUGCACGAGCAAGCAAGAGAGACAUCAUGGCCUCAGCCAUCUCAGGAACAAAGUGUCUCACAGGGAACCCGUCACCUUUCAUUCGAGAACUGGGUAGAGGGCUCACCCCAUGAUUCUGAUGAAUAUGAUACUGAUGUUGAAGAAGAAAAGAAACCAGUGUCGAAGAAGAGCACCCUUCUCUCUGACCCAACUGGUAUUAUCACAUAUGAAGAACAAUGCCAGAAACAUGGUUGUGUACCAAUAUCAUAUUUACAACGGCAUUUGAACAAGAGGAAUAUCCGCAUGCGACAUCACUACCUUGGGGGUCUUUCAACAAAACCUGUGGCUGCAGCACUCAAGCGUAACACAGUAACGGAACAUGUAGACCUAGCAGACAACUGUGUGGAGGCAGCAGGGGCAUACUACCUUGCUGACAUGCUCAAAGAAAAUAUGUUCAUUGUUUGUUUGAAUUUGGCCAAUAAUUUUAUUGGGUCGACUGGUGCAGCAGCCUUUGCUGGGAUGCUGGAAGUGAACACAACCUUGAAGACACUGUCCCUGGCAGGUAAUCAGCUUCAAGACAGAGAUGCAUGUAAAUUCAUAGAUGCUUUGAAGAACAACCUGUCUUUGACCUGUCUGGACCUAAGUCACAAUGAGUUUGGAGAGAAGGGAGGAGAAAUAAUUGGCUCAGCAUUGAAUGCCAAUGAUAGUCUGACUGAUGUGGAUCUCAGCUGGAAUGCCAUUAGAAACAAGGGUGCAGUAGCCAUUGCAAAGGCUUUGAAGACAAAUGCAACCUUGGAAGUUCUUGACCUUUCAUGGAAUGGCUUUGGAUCCCCUGGAGCAGAAUCACUUCAACAGGCCCUUCAAGUGAAUACAACACUUAAAGCAUUAGAUCUCACAAACAAUCGCAUCAAUAGCCAAGCUGCAUUGAAACUAGCUUUGGGACUGAAGAAAAACUUUGGCCUGGAAACACUUGUGCUGAAUUUGAACCCAUUGGGAGAUAGCGGUGUGGAAGCCAUUUUAAAGGCUGUUGCAACACAUGAAAGUCUCAAAUUCUUGUCAAUGGAGAACUGUGGGGAGCUGUCCAUAAAUGCCUCCAAUUUCCGGACUAUCCACCAACUGGAGGAAGCGAAGAACAUCAUCAUCCUGCAUGGAGGAGUUGGGGGAUACCACAGACAUACGGUUUUGUCAAGUGUUCUAAAACUGUUCGUCCUCUUCUCACAUGAACACCACGGCCACUUGGAGAAUGCCUUCUAUCAACAAGACAAGGACAAGAGUGGUGUUUUGACUACUGAUGAGAUGAAAUUCUGUCUGAAAGAAGCAGGGCUGAGGCUCACAUCACACCAGGUGGACCUGCUGAUCAGAGAGAUUGACUACACUCACACUGGGAAUAUCAAGUACAGAGAUAUCCUGAGUGGCAAAUGUUUCUCUGACUACCACAAGCAGCGUCCUUCAAGAGGCUUUACACUCACAGCAAAAGGAGAUUCCUCCAUGAAACUGUCCUCAUUUGGGAGACCAGCCACUGUAUCAUAGGUCAGUGACAGAGGACAGUCUUGUAAAAUGUAUGUUUGAAAUUGCAUGAGGCUGUUGCCAAGAAACUGUUGGGAGAAGGUGACCUCAUGGAAGUGUUUUGUUCAGGAGAAAUUGACUUUUCGUCUAUCUUGUAUACAAAUUGUUUGAAAAGCAUCAAAAGUAUGUGAUACAAUAUAUAUUGUAGCUGGCUUAUUCAGCGUUUGCUAAACCGACAAGAGCCCUUGACGAACUGAUCUGUUGUGACGAUCCCGUCUUCGAUGAAAGCUCCAGAUCAACCCUCUCUGACAGUGAUGGCCUAACUUCCAUCUCCGUCUGUUUCAGACCUGUGAAGAUCUGGGGUAGAAUAGAUCUUCAGCAACCCAUGCUUGGCACAAAAGGCGACUAUGCUUGUCGUAAGAGGCGACUAACGGGA